AUGGCAUCUAGAUCUCCUCCUUCCUCAGAUGUUGAUCCGUCUAACUCUAAUCAGAUGUUGAAUGCGGUGCUUCAAGCAUUGCAACGGCAGAACGCUACUUUGGUUCAGCAGAAUACCAUUGCGUUACAAAAUUUGGAAGCUGCCAGAGUAUCGGCUGAGAAUGCUAGAGUAUCAUCUGAGAAUACUCAAAGACAGUUUGUGGAAGUGUUGACUAAUGGCAGGACCACUCCAGGUGUUCCUCCCUUCACUAUUCCAGUCCAAGAGUGGAGUUUGGAGAACUUUCUUCAGCAUCACCCUGCAAGAUUCACAGGAAAAUGCAGUCCGGAUGAAGCUGACCAUUGGUUCAGGGAUAUGGAGAGGAUAUUUGAAGCUAAAGGAUGUCCUGAUGAGAGGAAAUUGGCUUAUACUCAAUAUCUGCUGACCGAAGAAGCUGGCCAUUGGUGGAGCAGCAUGAAGAUGAUCCUUGAGAGGAGUGGGACUCCUAUUACUUGGGAGUUGUUUAGAGUCAAAUUCUAUGCUGAGUACUUCCCUGACAGUGUGAGAUUUGCAAAGGAAGUAGAAUUUCUGGAACUGGUACAGGGCAACAAGUCAGUGUCAGAGUAUGCAGAUCGUUUCAAACAUUUACUUCGUUUCAACACUAUGGCAGUAGAUGAAGAAUGGCAAUGCAGAAAGUUUGAGAAUGGUUUGAGGAAUGAUCUCAAGCUGCUUUUAAAAGGGUUACGUAUCAGAGAGUUCCCUACUUUAGUGGAGAUGUCCCGUGAUCUAGAGAAGACAAAGAAAGAAUCUGAGGGACAGCAGAGUCAGCCUGUGAGGACUGGGGGACCAUCUGGAUCUCGUGGUGGAUUUAUCACUAGGAAGACCCCUUAUGCUAGACCAUCUUUUUCUUCUGGGUCUAGGGGUUCAUCUUAUCAGCCAUCAGUGCAGUCAGGAUCAGCCAGACCAUCCGGCCCCGUUAGAUGUUAUACCUGUGGAGGACCUCAUUACCGUAGCAGCUGUCCUAUGGAAAGUGGUGCAAGGAAAUGCUUUAAGUGCGGAAAAGAGGGGCACUUCUCUAAGGAGUGUACUUCUGUAGUAGGAUCGAGGUCUCAAGCACAGAGGAUUGGUUUGCCUCCACCCAGAGGAGGUGACAGACCCCAAGCGGUGGGCAGAGUAUAUGCUAUGACAGGAUCGGAAGCAGUCAGCUCAGGUAAUCUUAUCAUCAGCAAUUGUUUAUUGUUUGGGGUGACUUGUGUUGUACUUUUUGAUUUGGGGGCAACACACUCCUUCAUAUCGGAGGCAUGUGUUGAGAAAUUGGGUAUGCUUGUAGAAGAACUAGACUUUGACCUAGUGGUGUCUACACCAGCAUCAGGGUUAGUCAGAACAUCUUCUGUGUGUGUCCGUUGUCCAAUUGUUGUAGAAGGACAUCAGUUCAAGGUGAACCUCAUCUGUUUACCUUUGCAAGGAUUAGAAGUAAUUUUGGGAAUGGAUUGGUUAUCUACCAAUCGCAUCCUCAUUGACUGCGAUAGUAAGAAAUUGAUGUUUCCUGAUAAAGACAAAUUUAUGCCUUUGUCGAUCGGCGUCUUGAGACAAGACCUUCUGGAAGGUGCUAGUUGCUUUUUGGUGUUAUCACAUAUAGAAGCGACGCAAGUUUCACAUCAUGCGGCACAGGAGAGUCAGAGUGUAAACCUAGCAGUUGUAAACGACUUCUUGGAUGUUUUUCCUGAAGAAGUUCCUGGUUUACCUCCUCCACGUGAGGUGGAGUUCUCUAUUGAUUUGGUCUCAGGAGCAGGACCAGUUUCUAUAGCUCCGUAUAGGAUGGCUCCAGCAGAAUUGGUAGAGUUAAAGAAGCAGAUUGAAGACCUGUUGGAGAAACAGUUGAUCCGACCUAGUGUUUCGCCUUGGGGAGCACCAGUAUUGCUAGUAAAGAAGAAAGAUGGUGGUUCAAGACUGUGCGUUGAUUAUCGGCAACUGAAUAAGUUGACGAUCAAGAACAAGUAUCCGUUGCCGAGAAUAGAUGAUUUGAUGGAUCAACUACAUGGAGCUACAGUAUUCUCUAAGAUUGAUCUGAAGUCGGGUUAUCAUCAGAUCUUAGUGAAAGCGGAUGAUGUGCAGAAGACAGCGUUCAGGUCCAGAUAUGGCCACUAUGAGUAUGUGGUUAUGCCUUUUGGUGUGACUAAUGCUCCAGCCAUUUUUAUGGACUAUAUGAAUCGAAUUUUCAGACCUUUCUUGGACAAAUUUGUGAUGGUCUUUAUAGAUGAUAUACUUGUCUAUUCUAAGACUCGAGAAGAACAUGCAGAUCACCUUCGGACAGUACUUGAAGUGCUGAGAGAAAGACGAUUGUAUGCCAAAUUGUCUAAGUGUGAAUUUUGGAUGGAAGAAGUUCUUUUUCUUGGCCACGUAAUCUCAGUUGGAGGAAUUUCUGUUGAUCCCGCUAAGGUGCAAGCAGUACUUCAGUAG